AUGGCAGCAGUAUUCAUACCCCCUUCACCGCAAGCCUCGUUUAACAUGUCGACUCGCCGUCCACUCGCCAACGUGCCGAAUGCUACCAACUCCCCUCACCGGGUGGGCCUCGUGCCUGCCAAACGACCUCGCCCGGGAAAUGGCCCUGUUGAAAUCCCUUACGGCCAGCCACCUCCCAAGAAGCAGGUAGUCGACGGUCCCGACGUCGACGGCCGUUCCCCGACCCGGUCCAGAUCCUCCGCCUACCAGAAUACCGACUCCAAGCAGCUAUUUACGCGGCGAACGAACCACGGUCAGCCAAGUGCAUUCGAGAGGAAACUGGUCGCUGCCAGGGACAAGGAGAGACAACCCCAGAGUCGAGCGCAGAGGCACGAGAAACCGUCCGCGGAGACCAUUGAUACCAUCCGGCAGUGGCAGAGACAUUAUCGAAAGGCCUUCCCGCAAUUCGUCUUCUACUUCGACAGUAUCCCGGAAGAUCUGCGUAGCAAAUGUUCGAGACAGGUCAUUGCAUUGGGUGCUCGCGAAGAGAAAUUUUUCUCACGUUUAGUAACCCACGUUGUUACCUCUCGUCCUAUCCCUCCUGAAAAUGAAACCGCAAGCCCGGCAGAAUUGACGACGGAAUCCGUGGACCAGACGGCUGCAGACGGUUCUUUGCAGACGGUCAACCCCUCCUUGCUCGAGAAAAAUGCCGACCCGCACCUACAUAUGUCAACGAAGAAUGACGCGCGACGUGAGCCGACUAGUAUGGAUGUUUUGCACCGGGCCCGCCAAAUGGGAAUGAAGAUAUGGGCUAUCGAGAAACUUCAGCGGAUGAUCGCCACGAUCAACGACGGUGAAAUCGGGGGCCACAGUGGUCAUUCAACCCGCAAUGCCAACGCCGGUGGUCAUUCUAAAACCAGGGGAGACGCCGACCUUUCGCAAGUUCUUCAAAACGAACUCAUGAGUGGCUCUUCCGAUCGCAAUCCUUUAUCGGUCCUGAAAGAUUUGGUCAUGUUCAAAGGUCCGUUUGUCUACAUCCACGACAUGGAUGAGAAGACCCGGCCUGUUAUGGUUCGCGAAUACCCCAAAGUGGCAAGGCGACAAGACGGUGUCUGGCCACAAUUCCGCAGUGCACCAUUAGGGAAAUGUCCUUUUGUUGAGGAAGCCCCUACGAAGAAAGAAACGGAACGGCAACGGGCGCGCCAGAAAGAGCGGGAAAAGAAGGCAUUCUCUAAACCUGCACCCGUUCAAACCACUCACGAUCUCAAGCCCAAGGCGCCUGCAGACCCUGCAGGGAAGGCAGUGGAUCUUGAAGCUGACCGAGAGACCAGCCCCAGAGAUGAACCUGAAGGCGCUAUAUCCCAGCCGAAGCAACCCGAGAUGCAGGAAAUGCAACCGACGAGGCCGCUGUCGCCAAAGAAAAGCUCGGAAAGCUUCGUUCCGCCUCAGAUGAAGCGGAACGGGCCCUUUUACCUUGGCCGGGAACCCGCUGCGUCGGGUGUGCAGCCCUCGAAUAUCACCUCUGCUAUCCGAUCCCAAAUGGUAUCCUCGACUGCCGGUGCGCCCGGUGCGAAGGCUGGCGUGAGCAAGGAGGUCCACGAGCUGAAGAGAAAGGUUCUCGAAAAGAGCAACGGGGGAUUUUCCGCUGGUACGGGACCAUCAUCUCACCAUCCCGUGGACCCUUCUGCAGCGAUGAAAACAGCAAAGAGUCAGGCCAGCCGACACGGCCCGCCAAAUGCACCGGAAAAGCCUGGACAUGCUGAAGAGGAAACCACGCAGUCAGAAGGCAAUGGCAAUGCCAAGCACCGACCAAGCCUUCGAAGAAAUAGCAGCCAGAAGAAAAAGGAAAGACGGCGGGAUCCUAAGCCGGGGUACUGUGAAAACUGCCGGGAUAAGUUCGAUGACUUUGAAGAGCACGUGUUGACAAGAAAACACCGCAAAUUCGCAUUGAACACGUCGAAUUGGGCCGAGCUUGACUCGCUCCUCUUCCAGCUCCAGCGACCCCUAAAGGAAGAAUACGAUUAUGUUUAG